AUGCCCCGCCCCGUGACUAACAAUCCAAGGAACGACCGCAACCAGGGUCGAAGGAACAGUGGAUCAAGGCAGAAUGGCUCGAGGAACAACACGCCAAGGAAUACUUCCCAAAACAGAGACCAACGUUGUUCUCUCUGCGACAAGACUGGCCACACGCGAGACAAAUGUUUCAAUAAUCCCGCAAACUUCAAGUGCAAGAACGAGAACUGCAAGUCGCGCGGGACGCACGAGACUAAAGAUUGCAAAAUGCGCAACGGCAAUAAGCGAGAUGGAGUGUGUGACCACUGUAAUAAAAAGGGCCACUCAAGCGAUGAUUGCUACAAGAAACGAUCUGGUGAUGUGUCGAUGACCUCUCCCACACAUUCCUAUUGUGCCCACUGCAAUACGACCGACCACGCAACAAGUUCUUGCAGGGACGCGCUCAGCUUCAAGCGUUACAGCGAAUCGCUGCUCAGGUGCGCUCGCUGUCGCGAAAAGGGCCACAGUCACGAUGAGUGUCGAAACCCCGCCGGCAAACGAUGUUCCAAAUGCCUCUUUCUUGGACACGGGCGAGAUAACUGUCCUGUGAGACACAACAAGGAUCUCAAGUCCCCUGCCACGCCUGCACGAAACGUAUUUGCAACUAUUGACGGUAUGAAGGUGGACGGGCGAUCCAGAUUCCGCUUCGAGAAAUAUGAAAAGCUGCACAAAACCCAGCAGGAGCGAUUGAAGCUUGAGAGACACUCCCAUGAUGUGGACUUUCAGAAGAGUCAGAUGACCGAGGCACAGAUAUACCAGGCCGAUCGAAGAAUAGAGCAGCUUCAACGGUACAUCGAAGCUGAAGAGCGAAAGAUCUUCCCUCGCUCCCCGCGCUCGCGAAUGGUCCAGGAUUAUGACGUGGAGAUGAGGACACCAACUCUUCCCGCCUUCGAGGACUAUUAUAGGCAUACCUGGAAUGGUCCUACCACGUAUCCUUCUUACAGCAUGACGCUUGGGGGUCGACGAGCAUCCACGGUAGCCGCGAGACUUUCCCGGUGGAUCACAAAGGAAGGUGGCAACGGGAAUGAUCCUGUCAUACAGGAGAACACCUGGGCACAGCUCAAAGAGAUGGAGAGACGGAUUCUCAAUAAGAUCUCCAACUCUCGUCUGGGAUAUCGACAUUCUGGUAUCUGGAACAAUUAUAUCACCCUCAACGAACUCGCAAUCAUGGAGGCCGGCGUCGUCACGCAAGAACGUAUGAACCAGAUCAAAAGGCUCCUUGUCCUGGGUGCCAUAGUGUAUCGUGAUCCGAUGACUAUGGCAGCAGUUUUCGGCCGCAAAGUCCCUUACUGCGCGAAGUGCGGCACCCGCGGAACGAUCGUGAAUGAGCACUUUGAACCCGUACCAGUCGAUGCUCCUGUCACCGAACUAUAUCUGCUACGGGAUGUGGAGCACCCAGGAUGGGGUCUCUUCAUCGUCUUCCAAUGCGAAGCUCGAUGCACCGCCAAAUAUGGCUAUCGAUUCGCACCGGUUCCCAUCGAAGAGAUGAACGGCAAAGACAUCCAAAAUGAUCCAAUGUACUAUCCAUACGGAGACAUCUGA